CACGUUUUAAAUCCUUGAGGUGAAAGAUCACCUCUCUUUCAUAUGUGGAAACGCAAAGACUAUAAAAGCGAUGAUUUGAUUCCCUACGGGUGAAAUGGCAGGUGGAAGCUUGAUCGUGUUCCAUGGAUGGAGUAUCUCGACGCGCUACAAACCCUAGCGUCUUGCUCGUCGCCAGCGCCUGCUAGUGCCAUCGCGAGGCGUAACCUGAGGUGCGUAUCCAGCAGGGGACGACGAUCGCCGGCUUCGAUCCGGCUCCAUUUGGUGGAAUUCCAGCAAUCUCUCCAGCGAUCUCGCAUCGUAGCUGCGGUGUUCUUGUCAUCUGAGGUGCGCGCUACUGCGCGGCCAAGGCGCGGCGGCCGCAGGAAGAAGGCGGAGUCGCAGGAUGGAGAUGUGGAGCUCGAGAUUUUCAAGUUUAUGGAGCAAUCGGGAAAACCUAAUACGUUCCCGACCAAGGAAGAACUCUUCGCUGCUGGUCGUGGCGAUCUAGUGGAAGCUGCUGUUAGGAAAGGGGGCUGGCUGACAGUAGGAUGGGAUUUCCAAAGGCCAUCCUCGUCUGGGAGCGAUCUGACCCAAGAAAAAUUCGAAAUUCACGUCAAUGGUUCGAGGAAAAAGAAGGAUCGAGCUUCGAAAAAUGGAUCAAGUGAUAGUGAUGAGCAGCAUUUGAUGCGGUUGAAUGGCCAAACCAGCCAAAGUUUUCCUGCAAAGGGAAUUUUAGUCCAUGGAAGCAAUCCGGUAGAAUCAAGCUGCCCCGCAAAUGAUGGACCUUCUUACAUACGAAAUGGAAAGGGUAGGAGACAUCCCAGAAAAACAACGAGCACGCUGGCUGAAAUUGACAAAGCUACUACCGAUGGCCCAGAACUAAAUGCCGAGGCCAGCCAUGAGCGCUGGAGAAGAAAGCGCAGGAAAAAAACGACGUCCAUCGCAGCUGAUAAUAGUACCAGCGUGAAGAAUGCCUUGAGUUGGAUACACGACAUGGUUCAAAAAAGGGAGCAGUGGAUUUUGGAAUCAAGAUCGAGACCUUCGAAACAAAGGUCAUCGGAAACCCCUCCAGCUGAUAUUACUCCUGCAGAACGAGAGUCUUCGCCGCUAUCAAGGAGCGAUGACGGAAGCUCAUCCAGCAGAGUAUCGCGAAGCUCGUCUCGAAUUUUUCCAGCGGAGUUACCAGCAAGGGGUUCUUUGAAAGGAAAUUCGUUGAGACCAUUUUCGACGGUACCGUCAAGCACGACAGAAAGUCCUGAAACGUCCGACAGGUCACUCACUUCCAGCAGCCCAUCAAAAACCGGACAGGACAUACGAACUCCAGCUCCAUUGACAAGAACUUCAUCUAGAGUAUACUCAACUGGAGCUUCAGCUUUGUCCAAGAAAUCUUCAUCUUGUGCUGCAAGCUUUUCUUCUACCACAGAGACCGGCGGCUCAAAUUCUUUCAACUCUCGAUUGCAGAAGCUGGAAACAAAGCUACUUGCCACACGCGCAGCGCUAAAAUCGGGGCGCGCCACAUUGUUAAAAGGAGAAGACAAGCUUUUGCAGGUUGGUACAACGAAAAACUAGCGAAGAUCUUGCAAAAGCCGCGGACUCUUUGGAAUUCAAGGAGACGGAGAUCAUGCAAACCCGUGCGGAGCUCCGGAGAACUCGUGCUCAA